AUGGAAGACGAUAUGGAGGAAAUCUUAGAUCGCCAUCGUGCUGAGAAGAAAGAUUUGCGGAACAAAAUUAUUAACAUGAAAAGAACAAGUGGGAAAAAGGAUAAAAAGAAACUUCAAGAAGAAAUAACUCAGAUGGAGAAUGAUAUGAUAGCAAGACAUACAGAAGAGCUUGAAAAGCUUAAACUUGAUGAUUCAAAAGAAGAAGGAACUUCGCCUCAAAUACCUCAUCAGGAAAAUAUUGAAGUUGUUCAAAGAAUUUCCAAGGCACAAAAACGACGUGAUAAAAAGGAGCAAGAUGCAAAACGACGAGAAGAAGAAUUAAUCCAAGCUGAAGAAGAUAACAAAAAUUCUUCUAGGAACCUCGAAACGAAAGCGAUAAAUUUAAUUCUCAAAGCUAGAAAUUUGAGUCUUCAUACAAUCAAAUCUGAUGGUGAUUGUUUGUACAAUGCUCUAAAAUAUCAAUUAGAACAAGUUGGAAUCAAUCAAACAGUUGAGUCGCUGCGAAAAAUAGCUGCUGAUUACAUUCGAGCAAACAAAGAUGAUAUCAUCUGCUACAUGACAAGCUCAAAAUCUGACGAUUUAAUGUCGCAAGAUGAAUUUAAUGAUUAUUGCAAUCAAGUUGAAAAUACAAAAGCUUGGGGGUCACAAAUUGAAAUUCAAGCGAUAUCUCAUAGUUUAAAAGUUAUCAUCGAAGUCCUACAAUCGUCAGGAACACCAAUAAUAACGGGCAGUGAUUUUGUUGGACGUCCACGUUUAGUGGUCACUUAUCAUCGUCAUUUCUUUGGCCUUGGAGAACAUUAUAAUGGCACCAAAUUUGCCAGUUCUAACGAAGAUAGUGAAGAAGUUUAUUAA